CCCUCCAGCCCCAGCCUGCCGGGGUGGUCCUGCAGCCCCGGCCCGGGGCAGAGCCCGCCCUCCAUAAUCCAUGCGCGGGCGGCACCGCCACCACCGCCGCCGCGGCGCUCUGAGGCGGCAGGCGGAGUGGAGUGGGCCGUGCCGUGCCCCGCCGCCUCCGUCUCGCUUUCCCCGCUUGGCCGAGAUGGUCCACUGAGUCAUUUCCACAAGAGGCUUCUACCACUCCGAAGCAAGAAUACAUUAAAGAAUAAAAGGUGUGAAGGUGUACCAGUGUGUUCCUGGCUAGAAAGCUAUGCCCCAAGUGUGAAUGUAUUGAAGAUUUCUAGACUUGGUGGGACAAAUAUCUCUACCUCCAAUUUUAUGAAUACUGCUAGCUAUGGCUGUGGAACUCUAUUUGCUGCUGCUGCUGUUUUGUGGAAGUACUAUUUCAGAGGUGCAGCCUAUAUACAAACCGCCUUCUGGGACUUUGGAUUUUGGAUUUGUACCAGCCAAGACAUAUGAUACAGGUGCAUACCAUGAACCUGGGCCAAUAGGAAUUUUGUUCAAAAUAGUACAUGCAUUCCUGUACUUAGUGCAGCCAAAUACUUUUCCUCAAGAUCUCAUCAGAAAAGUAGCACAGCAGAAGUUUGGAAAUACACAGGGCGAUUAUCAAAAGCCAGAAAAUGUUGUCCUGACUCUUCAGGCCAUCUACUAUGAAAUCGGUUUUAUAGUCUCCGCAGCCUUGGGAUUGCUAUUUAUUUUGUUACUGCCUCUUGUGGGACUUUGCUUCUGUAUGUGUCGUUGCUGUGACAACUGUGGUGGGGAAAUGCAUCAAAGACAGAAGAAAAAUGCUGACUGUCAGAGGAGCUGUUUUGCAACAUUUCUUUUUGUUGCUUCUUUAAUAAUAAGUGUUGGAGUGCUCUGUGCAUAUGCUGCCAACCAGCAUUUAACUAACCAAGUCCGAGGAGCAAAGAAACUGGUUAACAGUAAUUUUAAAGAUCUGAAAAUUUUCCUUAACGACACUCCAGCGCAAAUUGACUACUUAGUGAGCCAGUACAACACAACUAAGGAUAAAGCGCUCUCUGACCUAAACAAUGUUGGACCUUUGCUUGGAAAUAGAGUUCAAGAACAGCUGGGAAAAGAAGUGCGUCCUGCACUUGAUGCGGUUCUCACAAUGGCAGGAGCCAUCAGAGAAACGAAGGAAGCACUGGAAAAUGUGAGUGUCUCUGUAGAGGUUUUGCAGGAGGGAACAGAGAGGCUUCAUGCAAACUUGACAGAUGCUAAGAUGCAUCUAAGCAACACCCUCAAUGAUUCUGCAUGCUCUGCGGCUCAGGCUGCCUCAACUUGCAAUAUCAUCAGGAAUUCAUUAAACCAACUGAACAUCAAUGCCAAUUUUAGUGGGUUGCCAGGAGUGAGCUCACAGCUUGCCAAGGUCAAUGAUGUCCUUAAAAUAGACCUUUCUAGUCUGGUUCAAAAGGGUUAUGCGGCAUUUAAUGAUACUCCAGACUUAGUGGUGAAUCAGACCAGGAAUAUUUUAUCAGAUAUCAAAAAUGUGUUGGAAUCCAUUGGUUCAAAUAUCACUACCUUCACAAAAACGCUCCCUGUUCAGAAGGUUUUAGCAGAUUUGACGAUAUAUCUUACACAGAGUGAAGCAUACGUUCAAGAUUAUUUUCCAGUAGUGGAGCAGUACGAUUUCUACAGGUGGCUAGGUUGUCUCAUUCUGUGCUGCAUGGUGGUCCUGAUUCUGGUCUUUUACUAUCUUGGACUGCUAUGUGGUACCUGUGGUUAUGAUAAACAUGCUUCUCCGACAACCAGAGGCUGCGUCUCCAACACUGGAGGAAACUUUCUUAUGGCUGGUGUUGGAUUCAGUUUUCUUUUCUCCUGGGUGCUGAUGAUUGUGGUGGUGCUCACUUUUGUCACAGGUGGAAAUGUAGAAAAACUGGUCUGUGAGCCCUUUGAAGAUAAAACUUUAUUCAAGGUUUUGGAUACUCCCUACUUACUAAAUCAACACUGGAAAAACUAUCUUUCUGGCAUCCUGUUUAAAAAUCCGAAUAUUAACUUGACUUUUGAAAAAGUGUACAGUGAUUGCAAGGAAAACAAAGGAAUUUAUACUUCCCUUCACCUAGAACACCUGUUCAAUAUCAAUGAAUUUCUAAAUAUUAGUAUGUAUACAGAAGAUGUAGCACUUAAAAUUGAACACAUUCAGAUAAACCUCAGCAAAAUCAUUCUGCUGGAUGAAAUUGGGAAGGAGAAUCUUCUGAAUUUCAGCUCUUCAGGAAUAGAAGGGAUAAACUUUGCAGCAUAUUUGACAGAGAUCAACAAAAGUGUUACCAAGGUUGAUCUUCUGUCAUUUGCUAAUGACUUGGAAGCAAGAGCAGACCAGCUGCCAAAAGGAGCACUGGAAAAUGCCUUAAAAGGACAUGCAAACAACAUUCGAAUGAUUCAUAACCAGCAAGUCAUUCCGCUAGAGCAAGCUAUGAGCACUUUAAAUCAGAGCAUUAGGUUACUGAAGAGGACAUCAUCUGAACUUAUGGUUAAGGUGAAAAAUGUCAUUAGUGCUGUUAAUGCUGCUCAGCUUCUCAUAAAUAACAAUGCUUCUGUAGUUAUUGUCCAGGAGACAAAAAAGUACAUGGAUACCAUAGUUGGCUACUUUGAGCAAUACAUUGAGUGGGUCAAGGAGUCGAUUGCCAUGGAGGUAGCAGCAUGCAAGCCUAUUGCCAAUGUGAUAGAUACAGCAGUAGAUAUUUUUUUAUGCAGCUAUAUAACUGAUUCUGUGAAUACCUUUUGGUUUGGUUUGGGAGGCUCUUCAAUAUUUUUAAUUCCUGCCAUAAUUUUUGCUGUAAAACUCUCCAAAUACUAUCGUAGAAUGGAUACAGAGGAUGUAUAUGAUGAUACAGAAAAUGGUAAUAAUGGUUAUCAUAAAGAGCAUUUAUAUGGUAUACACAAUCCUGUUUUUACAAGCUCUGUGGAACAGUGGUAACACAAACUGGAAACAUUAAGGGGCUGUAUAAAUGAGGCUCAAGGUUCUUCUACGGGAAUAUAUCAUUAUUCUUCCAAGGGUAUUGGCAUUUGCAUUCAUCUUCCAAAUCCUGAGCCACUUGUUUUAUGUCACCUGUACUGUAAAUCGCAAAUGUACUAUUGAAUGUUAUGCCAUAAACUACUGUACAGAAUAUUUGUGAUCAGGGCACUGCCUCUCAAAUACCACUGUUCAAGGCUUGAAUUAAAUUUUUUUUGUCCUUUUUUACUUUUUUACACUGGGCUUUCUACCUUACAUCACAGUAUAGAAAUUGAUUAGAUUAACAGCCUUUGCCUAGCAAUCCUCUGACAAGUGGUCAAGUUCUUAUCUUAAAUUGUUGAUUUGUGUUAAAUACAGUACAUACAUGUUUACCGAAAAAUACAUUUUGUAUGCAGAGACUUUUGUAUAUACAUUUUUCUUAAAACCUAUAGGCGUUUAGUUAAGAUUUUAAUAUUGUGUAAUACUCUUCACAAAUGAAUUUACCAGCAUGAUCAGUGUUGCUAUUUGGUGCUCUUGAAUGACCACUUUGGACUAAAUUUGAAGUGUAGUGGGAUCCACAGUGUCUCCUUGUGUCUCUAAAAUGUUCAGUUGCAGUUUCGUUUUCUCCCUCUUUUCUAAUUAUUUAAUAUUUAGUGGGAUUUGCAAUGUAGACCUAAAAGAGACUUUUUGGUGAAGUUUGUUUUGAAACUCUUUGGGUGGGAGGGCUGGGAGUGUGUGUGAUGUGUAAUAUAGCAAAAAAGCUAAGCUUCCUAGAGUUCAGUAGUACUCAAAAAGAGCAUGAGACACGUCAUACGUUGGUGAUUUUUAGAAUGCUUUACUUUCUCUGUCUCCCUUUCCCUCGUUCACACUCACUUCUGUAAUGUCCUUAAUAGUAUCACUUUUAAGUUGUGGCUCUUUCAGGGGGCAGUGAUACUCUUUUUGCUAAAUAAUUUCAGAAUAUGAUGUCCAAUAUUGAAAUUCAAAUGUGUUUAGCAAUUGGAGUUAACCUAUGUACUAUUAGAGUUGUUGCACUGAAUUCAGGCAUACAGUUGCAUUGCUGAAUUAGUAAACAGCAGAAUUCAUCAACAAGGCCAAAAGUAACUAUGUUACUAGUGUAAAACAUUUCAGUGGGUGAAGUAAUUCGGUAUAUUGAUCUAAAAUAGUGUCUCUUCAUAUAUCAGUAUUGUUAACUUUGUUUCCAACAAGGUUCAUUGGCUUGAAGUAGGGACAAUCCUGUAAAUCAUUCAUAUAAUUAUAAAGAAAUGCUGAAAAGUGAUACCAAUCUUUAAUCUGGAAUAACCUUAAAUUUUUCAUUUCUAGGUCAUAAAUGGAAACAUUUCUAAUUGACAGGAUGUAGCAUAUGUGUAUAUGUAAUGUUCAGAACUGCAGAUUUUUAAAAGUUUCUAUUUUUAAUUUGAGAAAAUGUUUCCCAGUUCAUUUAAAUAAAAAAGAACUUGCUUAACUACCUGA